AUGCGUGAACGUUUUGACAAACUAAACGUGUAUCGGCCCUUUCCACUUUGGCCGUCGGGCGAGCAUCACGUGUCGCAGCUGCCUUUCGUGGUGAGGACCCCGCCUUCUUCAGUCGGAGCAUUCGGUCGACAGUGCCUUCGAGAUCAGCGCUGUUUCGGCACCUGCAGAGGUCACCAUCUACAGGUACUCUUCGGCAACGAACAGGCUACAGUGGUCAAUAAAAUGGCUGCACCGAACCAACAACAUUUGUCAUCGAAACCCAAAGCCGCUUCGCGCACCCGGCGUGUCUACAAUCCACAAAAUAACGCGAUUAAUUAUGUAAUCGAUUUGGGUCUAGAAUCCGUUUUAGAAGAUUGCAACUUGGGUCUUAAGGCCCUGUUCAACAACGACCUGGAAAGUAUAAUCAUUAUAAUGAAACUGUGGAACCGCACGGCCCUCUAUCAGCCGCUAGGCCCACCGCUAAGCAACUAUCCACCAGUGAUACCGUUAUGUCAUGAACAAGUUUGUCGUAUACUGGCCGUUAUGGGCGGCACACAAACUUUGUAUCAGAAGAACUGCCGCACCCAAAUGAUAAUAAAUCGACAGCUUAAGAAGAACCCGAGGGACUACAACAGGCUUUCUGAUGGCGAUGCGCUCAGAGAGCUAAAGUCCGCG